ACAACGGAUAGUUUCCAUCUUCUCUUUCGCGCGUUUGCUUCGUUUCUCUUGUGCUGAUACCUUCGAAGGUAUUCCAAUGGCGUCGAUCUCAUCUCUUGGAUUUCUUCCGAAUUUAUCAAAUGCUAGAACUCAGAGAUCUCUCUUCUCUAAGGGCUUGGGUUUCAAGAGAGGAAAUCUUUGGAUCACGAGUGGAACUUCCAGGGAUUCUGAGGUCUCUGUUUCAGACGAGGGGAAUGUUUGGAUGGGGAGUGGUGAAGCAUUGGAGGGAAGGAGAUUGAUUUUGUGCUCAACCCUAUUGUGCACUUUUGGUGCCUUGUCACACUCUUUUGCGAAUCCAAUUGCAAUUGCUUCAGAGUUCGCUGACAUGCCUGCACUGCGUGGGAAGGAUUAUGGGAAAACAAAGAUGAAAUUUCCGGAUUAUACAGAGACACAAUCAGGGCUUCAGUACAAGGAUUUGCGAGUUGGUGAUGGUCCAGCACCAAAGCUGGGUGAGACUGUGGUGGUUGAUUGGGAUGGCUAUACCAUAGGAUACUAUGGACGAAUUUUUGAAGCUAGAAACAAGACAAAAGGUGGUUCUUUUGAGGGUGAUGAUAAAGACUUUUUCAAGUUUAAACUUGGAUCGAAAAAGGUUAUACCUGCUUUUGAGGAAGCUGUAGCAGGCAUGGCUUCUGGAGGCAUUCGCAGGAUAAUAGUUCCUCCAGAGUUGGGAUAUCCUGACAAUGAUUUCAACAAACUUGGUCCAAAGCCAAUGACCUUUUCGGGACAAAGGGCGCUAGAUUUUGUGUUGAAGAACCAAGGACUGAUUGACAAAACUCUACUGUUCGACAUCGAGCUUCUUAAGAUAGUUCCAAACUAAUCAAUCUGCAACCAUGUUUAUUUUGUAAUUGCAUUGUGUUUGUUCACCAUACAGUGACAAUCAAUUAAUGCAAAUUUUGGUUGAAGGUA